AUGGCUGCCUCCGACGGCGCUUCAUCGAUCAACGUUGCAGUCCGAGUUCGACCUUUUACCAUUAGGGAGGCAGCUCAAAUCACUCGAUCUGAUGACGGGCCUUUGUUUCUCGGUGAUGGAUCUCUCGCAGGUGCCCCGGCACCCAAGCUUAACCAGAAGGGUAUUCGGUCCAUUGUGAAGGUCAUCGAUGACCGAUGCUUGGUGUUUGACCCCCCAGAGGACAACCCUGUCCAGAAGUUCUCCAGGAGCGUGGUGCCCAAUGGCAAGCGCGUCAAGGAUCAAACGUUCGCCUUCGAUCGCAUCUUCGACCAGAACGCCUCUCAGGGGGAGGUUUACGAAUCGACCACACGCAGCCUUCUCGACAACGUACUCGAUGGAUACAAUGCGACGGUGUUUGCCUACGGUGCAACGGGUUGUGGAAAAACCCACACAAUUACUGGAACUGCUCAGCAGCCAGGUAUCAUCUUCCUGACUAUGCAAGAGCUCUUUGAGCGCAUUGACGAGCGAUCGAGCGAAAAGUCGACAGAAAUUUCCCUUUCUUAUCUCGAGAUCUACAAUGAAACCAUUCGCGACUUGCUUGUUCCCACUGGAAGCUGUGGCAAGGGAGGGCUUAUGCUACGCGAAGACUCGCAACAGUCAGUCUCCGUCGCCGGUCUGUCAAGCCAUCACCCGCAAAAUGUGGAACAGGUCAUGGAUAUGAUCAUGCGAGGCAACGAGUGCCGCACUAUGUCCCCAACCGAAGCAAAUGCCACCUCAUCCCGAUCCCACGCCGUUCUCCAGAUCAACAUCGCCCAGAAAGAUCGCAACGCCGACGUCAAUGAACCCCACACAAUGGCCACUUUCAGCAUCAUCGAUCUGGCCGGAAGCGAGCGUGCUAGCGCUACAAAGAACAGAGGCGAGCGAUUGUUCGAAGGUGCCAACAUCAACAAAUCUCUCUUGGCCCUGGGCAGCUGCAUCAACGCCCUGUGCGAUCCUCGCAAGCGCAACCACAUUCCCUACCGGAACUCAAAGCUCACCCGACUCCUCAAGUUUGCUCUGGGUGGAAACUGUAAGACUGUUAUGAUUGUCUGUGUCAGCCCUUCGAGCCAACACUUUGACGAGACCCAGAAUACUCUUCGAUAUGCCAACCGAGCAAAGAACAUCCAGACCAAGGUGACUCGAAAUGUCUUCAAUGUCAACCGCCACGUCAAGGACUUCUUGGUCAAGAUUGACGAGCAAAUGAACAUGAUCAACGAGCUUAAAGCUCAGGCAAAAGAUCACGAAAAGGUCGCUUUUGCGAAGUUCCGCAAGCAGAAUGAAAAGAAAGAUGCUGUUUUGCGUGAGGGCGUCGCCCGCAUCCGUAGUGCUUAUGAGCAUACCUUGUCUGAGCGGCAGGAAAAGACCAGCAAUAUGUUGAAAUUACGACAAAUCAGCCGCAGAAUUGGCAUUCUAUCGUCUUGGAUCGCAGCCUUUGAUAACAUUUGUGCAACGCGCGAGGAUGAGGAAGGAUUGUCCAACUUGUAUGCCGUUCGCAAGUCUGCACAGGGCAUCCUCCUUGAGUUGGAAGGGAGCAGACACCAUUACAACCAGCGAUUAUCGAAGAGUAACUGGGAUCGCGCAGUGAACUCGGCUGUUGAAAAUGCCGCCAAGCAACUCCAGGAGUUUGAUACAACCGACAAUAGUGACUUCGCCAACCUAAACCGAGAAGCAGAGCUGUUGAGGUCCAAUGCAGAGCGCGAGGCAUUAUCAGCUGUUGUGGAACAAGACAAGGCCGGGGAGACCUCUGCUGUACAGCUUCUUUUGCAAGCACAGUUUGAGAUGAUGAGCUCGAUCGAGGAGAUCAUGCAGCUAAAUGCUAGCGAAGCCAUCAAAAAGGGCCGGACGAUCCUUAUGAAGAUGAUGGAGGACUGCACCAACACCGCAACAAACCUUGUCAAGCCAGAUGGCAGCAUGCCUGCUAUCCCGAACGUCAGCUCCGCCAGGCCAGCAAGCCCCACAAAGCCAAAGAAGAGAUUCAGUUUGGUCAGCUUGCCGCCUGUGACUAGCGCGAACUCUCCCGUCACCCUUGCUCCUAUUGUACCAGCAUCCCCAACCAAAGCUUCUCCCCGUCGUCGCAAGGUUGCACCUGGCCGCAAGAGCGUCAGCUUCUCGCCGAAGAAGACGCAAUCCAAGCCCACAAAGCGAUCUGUCCGCUGGAAGGACGACGAGCAAGAUGGCACUUUGACUGAGUUCUCAAAGAGCCCUAAGAAGGUUGAUUCUGACUAUGUCGAUGGACCCAGCUGGGGUGAGCCAUCCUUGCCUCCUCGGUCAGGAUCUCCUAUUCCGCGUGAUAUCCCGAGAGUCGCUAGCCCGGCACUCUCUGUAUCUCCGGUCCCCGACGAGCCUGCUGAACCCGCUGAGUCGACAUUGAACGUCCAAAAGAACAGCAGCCGUUUCAAAGCCGGAUUCCUGUCUAAGAGGGCUGGGAGUUCACCACUGGCACCUCCGCCUUCAUCCACUCUUCCUCUUACCGACAGGGGCAGCUCUCCACUGCGUGACAUCGAUGGAAGCAGUUUCAUGAACCGCAGCCCCAUGGAGCGCCCAUCCCGUAUUGCAGUGCGCAGUCCCAGCGGAAAUUUCUUAAGCAGCCCAGUCUCUGAGAACAAAGACAACUGGAAGUCAGAUAAAGAGGAUGCAAUCAAGAUCAACUCGGCUAUGCGACGCAUCUCCAGCACUCAUACGGGCCCCUCAUCUGCCAAUUCCCUACGAGUUCAUCGACGCCGCAGCCCAACGGCUACCCCGAGCGAGAACAACAUGUUCACCGCAUCCCAAGCACGGCGCAUGGUCAAGAGUGAGAGAGAGAUGGACGCAAAACCUCGCGUAUUGAGCCCUCAUACUCUCCCCGUGAUGAAGAACACCGGACGUCGCACUACGUUGGGCGAUAUUCGACCUCGGAAUCUCAGCAUUUCCAGUCGGGAUGCCAUUCGUCUAAGUGCAAUGGCAGCACCCCCCGCUGACCGCUACUCGGAUGCCUCAUCUGGACCGCGAUAA